GGAUAUGCCUUCUGCUACGCCAUCGUCAUGGCCAUCUAUAUUCGAAUGCAUGGAACAUGUUCGCUUGUUCCCUACACAUCAAGCUGACUAUGUCACCAGGCUCAAACGCGUGGUCCCAGCUAACGCCAACCUCGCUGUACGUCUUCGCUUCGGCAGAUACUCAGAUUGCGCUGACACCAUGUUCAGAUCGGUGGCUUGAUCGCGCAACCGUGCUCUUCUGGAGCCCGUACGCGAGGACAAAGUCUCAGCCGGAUCCUCACUGGCAGAUCAUGAACCGUGACUACAAGGAAGUACCUUGGUACUGGUACCUCGGCCUGCUGGUGUUUGCGUUCUUUGCUGGUCUCAUCGUCGUCCUCAAGGGCCAGACUACCCUGCCGUGGUGGUCUUACCUGAUUGCGCUGUUGCUGGGAGGUGCAAGCGUUCGUCACCCCGUUCUCGACUCUGCUCUAGCGCGCAUGGGCAACGGGAUCGCGACACAGCAGCUGAUGAAGAUGGUGGCGGGCGCGAUCAACCCCGGACGCCUUCAUGAUGUCGUCGCGACGUCUAUCGGGCUUGCUGGAGACCUCAAGAUUGGGCAGUACCUCAAGAUCCCACCGCGUGCGAUGUUCGUCACGCAGGUCUGGGGUACGAUUCUUGGUAAGCAUCGGCACACCUACGGUCAUGGUUCCAUCGUCGACGCACAGCGCGACAUCCUGCUGAGCCCCGAGGGGACCAACGUCUGGAGCGGCCAGACCGUGCAGAGCCUCAACAGCGCCGCCUCACCUGCGCUUCCCGCACAUCGGCCCACUGGUAUCAGGACGGACUCGGUCAUCCUGCCCAUCAUCUACAUGUACGCGGCGUGGAUGACCUCGGGCACGAACUCGCCCAUCACGUCCGCGAUCAUCACGGGCCUGGUGUCGCAGCUCUGGCUGCGCAGGUACCACCCCGGGUGGUACCGGAAGUACAACUACAUCCUCGGUGCGUCCCAGGACCCACGCACACUCCGUUCGCGCGCGUGGUGCGCUGGACGGCGGCGCGCAGGUGAUGAUCUUCAUCCUGUCGUUCGCCGUGUUCGGCGCGUCGGGCACGCCGCGGCUGGCGGGCGUCCUUCUGCGGAUGUCGGAUUUCUUAAACGUUAUUGGGUACAUGUAUUGCGGGGCCUGGCAGGUGGAACGUGUUGUACGAACCGCAUGAUCACAGUCACGACAGAAAUGCU